AUGUGCAGAGCAGCCAUAUGUGGAAUUUGCAACCACAAGUCCUGGACGGGCUGUGGCGCCCAUAUCCCGGGCGUCAUGGACUCCACGCCCAAGAGCGACUGGUGCACUUGCGAGGCGGUGGACAGCUCGUUCGACCCCGCCUACCCGCCCAAGGCCGGCACUGGUUUUGCCAAGGCCACGUCCAAGUAG